AUGAGUAGAUAUUCUUACCCCUUUCCGACCGAGUUUGCAGGACAACAUCCGCAUGAUCUUCGACGGAUCAUCAACAACCCCUACCCUGAUUACAAUUCCGUCUCAUGGAACUCGACAUGGCAGGGAUCACAUCGAGCGUGCGUUGGGCCCUAUGGCCGCGUGUUGGACCGACAUGAUGAGGACACGAUGAUGAGCGGGUAUCAUUGGAAUUCAUCGGGCUUCCCGUCCCCAAUCUUCGGUUCCUACGAGGCCUGGGGCCUCGAUCGCGAUCUCUGCGCGGACGCGGUGUCGAGGUACGGCGCAUACGGGUAUAAGCACAGGAGCGACAAUGGCUCGCCCGGCUCUGAUAGAUUCAAUCACGCAGAGGAGCUGCAAUGGGACGACGUGAACUGGGCCAACCUACAACAGGACUGCCUGCAGCGUAACGGAGAUCGAUUUCGAACCACCGAGCCGCAGAAUAAGCAAAUAUGGACCCUUGACAAGCGGUGGGAUAUGGCUAUCCAUGAUGAGCUUGAUCUCAGUGACCCCGAGCCGGGGAUUCGACCGCGGACAGCUGUGAUCAUGCGCACUUGGUUGAGCAAGCGAUACACGGAGGACGACCUACACUACAUUCGGGCUAUGAUCAUGGAACUGGCACUCCAUUCUGGUGGGGAAUAUGAGGUCAUACUUUUGGUGGAUUGCAAAGGCACUCACCUGCCGAACCCUACAGACACCUUUGCCAUGGACAAAUUCAAGGCGGAGCACCUGCCCAAAGAACUGCGCGAUCUCGCCGUCUUUUUCAACACGAAAAUAUUGCAGGAAUGGUAUUCCGAAAUCAAGGCUCAUGACCCUGUUCUGCAGUAUUUCCAACCAGUCCAGCUAUUUUCGCGACUUCAUCCACAAUACGAGUACCUGUGGCAGUUUGAGAUGGACGCUCGUUACACUGGCCAUUUGUAUUCGCUAGUGACCAAAGCAGCCGACUUCGCGAGGCGCCAACCGCGGAAGCACCUCUGGGAACGAAACUCGUACUUCUAUAUCCCAGCGAUUCAUGGCACAUGGAAAGAGUUCGGUACGAAAGUGGGCCAGGAUAUGGUGGACCGCGAUAGUAUUUGGGGUCCUCAGCCAAUCGAGGACAUUGAUCUUGGAAGACACAGCCCUGUGCCUCCAGUGUUGAGUCAAGACGAGGACGAAGGUGCCUGGGGUGUUGGCGAGGAAGCCGACCUAAUCACUUGGCUUCCACAUUUUGACCCUGCCGGGGUGAAUUGGCCGUGGGGCCAAAAAAUCUACCAUUUCCGACAGCAGAAGCACACACCGCGACGCGCAACCAUUGUUGCUAUGUCACGACUCUCGACACGGCUUCUACGUGUCAUGCACAAGGACCAGUCUUCCAAGGGCUUAGGUCUCGCAUCGGAAAUGUCGCCUAUCUCUUGGGCUAUGUACUAUGGUCUCAAAGCUGUUCAAGUUCCGCAGCCGGUCUAUCAUGAGCGGGCAUGGGAUGCGGCAGAGCUAGAUCGUCGCGCUAAUUCAGGGGAACUAGGGAAUAUCAAUGGGGACCUCAAUAGUGUUUGGGGUUAUAAGUCAUGCGAUGACAUACUUCUGUACACAUCCUUUAUGUGGCGCUCCUCCUUUGCCGAGAGGAUCUAUCGCGCGUGGUUGGGGUACGAUGGCGCAGAAACGUGGGAAAAGGAAAAUCGCCCUCUUUGUCUGCCGCCCAUUUUCAUUCACCCGGUCAAGAACUCGGAGCGUUAG